AUGUCUAAGCCCAAAGGCGCCGCCUACUCUUCCUCCUCGGUGCGUACACCGUUGGACAGGACUGGAUGGCAGCGUGGCAAUGAGCGUUCUAAGGACAGAGAGGACUUCUGGUUGGAUAGGGAGGCCUUCUCUGUAUUUGCAAGGCAAAUAGACACCCCCGCGGUCCGCAGCGGCUUCGCCCUGAUGUUGUUGAGCCCCUGCCAGUCCCCUGCGGUCGAGAGCAAUGGAAGGCCUCAUGGGGGGCCCGGCGGGAGUCGGGGGGCCCCCUAUCCCUGCAGCAGCUCUGGGCAACAGUGGCUGCGCCGGUAUUGCGAGUUAAAGGGCAAUGUCCUCUUUUAUGCGCCGCAUGCAGAGGCAGCCUUUGAGGGGGCGUAUCUGCUUGAGGACUUUGUCUUUCAGAACAUUUCUCCCACUCGAGCGCUCGUUAUGGGGAUCGUUCCAGAGUUGCCUCUUGCGGAAGGAGAGGGGGAACGGCUGAGACAAGGAGCUGUGCUGGUGGGGAGCAGUCGCCAUGAUGGGGUGUAUGGACGGUAUGUGAGGCCUCUUGUGAUGCUCCUGGAAUCUUCCCGCAUUGCUGAUGCAUGGAAGAGCACUUGCGAGAGUUGCAGCGCAGCAGCGUUGCAGCAGCACGUCCGUGAACUGCAGCACGUGCUGCAGCGGGAACGAGCUGCUGCUUCGAGGGAGAAAGAGGCCACAGCGUUGAUAGCCAAGCAGCAAGAGAUUGCCCUGAGGGAGACAGAAGGAUCGAAGCAAACGCUGUUGUUAGAGAUAGAGCGUCUGCAGCAACGCAAUCAGCGACUUCAAGCAACAGGGGAGGUGACUGAGAAGGCGGCAGCGGAAUUCGUUGAUCAGAAGAUGCACGAAGUGUCUUUCCUCCAAAAUGAACUCGCCACGCAACUAGCGGGUUGUAAGCGCCUUGAGACGGAGAUUGUGGAGCUGCGGGAGGCUUUGGGGGCCUCGCAGCAGAAGGCACAGCAGUUGGCGACGGAGAACAGCCGCCUCAACUGCCGCGUCUCGGACCUCCUGGAGGACCUGGAGGACGCGAAAGAUAACCCAUCCCGCUUUGCCCUUGUGAUGAAUCGCCUCCGAGCUGCCAAUCAGAGGGCAGUCAUAGAAAAUAAACGCCUCAGGCAAGUGCAAAACACCCCCCGCACUAGGGGGAAGUCUAGAGUCCUGUUGCUGUUGCCGUUGUUGGUGCUAAGGUUGGUGGCGUUAAUUCGCCAAGUGGCAGAGAUGGGGGACGCCUUCGACUUGUUGAGGAAGUGGUUGACUUGCAGCGAGCGCAAAGUGGGACUUGCAGCUCACAAUCUCAUCUUUAGAGGCUUGCUACACACUCGGGAACUUUGGAGAGACAACCCACGUUAUAACAUCCGCUACUACGAACAAGGUUACAAAUGGUCUUAUCAGCAGGAGCAGGAAGAACUCGAGAAAAUAGAGGAGCUCCAGAGAGCCAUUAGAGUGGCGGAGGCUGCAGCACGGUCGAGUUAUAUAUCUCACAGGGCCUUCUUGUUGGGCCAACAACUGAAGGCCUGCACAGUGCAGCACGGUCGAGUUAUAUAUCUCACAGGGCCUUCUUGUUGGGCCAACAACUGA